AGCAGGCGGGCGGCGGUGGGGGCCCCGGUGGGGGCGCGGAGGAUGAGGGGCGGCGGCCCCAGGAGCGCCUGGCAGGAAAUGCUUUUGUGAACCACACCUGCAAACGCUCAGCUGGUCACUCCAAUCAACAAGAAGAGAAUGCCUGUUCGUCUCUGUGCUUUUUCAAGAUGAGUCACAGUAAAUUCAUUCCCAAGUUCUCUCCUCAGUCUCCGGUCCUUCAUAACAACUUAAAGAUCCAGUCCACAGAAUCACCCUUCCAUAAGGAAGACUUACAUGUGAUUUCCAAAGACUCCUUGGAAUUGGAGUCAGAAACUGUCACUCGGGAGAUUGAGUCCCGGCCUGAACAGGACCUCCAUCGGGACAAGGGGAUGGAGGCUGACAGUCUGGAGGAGGAGAGUCUCCUCCAGGAAAGCCUGAGUGAGACAGAAGAGGAGGCAACCAGAAAAGCAGCUCAGAGGGCCAGCAGGGACCAUUCCCAGGCCCUUGGCAAUGGCAUGAGUGACAGUCAACAACCAACAGAAGACAAAUACUCAGACCUCCGCUAUGACCCAAACUGGAAGAAGAAGAAAGAGCAGGUGCAGCUACUAACCAUCGAGGCUCUGCCCGAGUCUGUAGAGAGCUCUACAGAAAACCUGACCCUGGACCCCCUCUACCCCUCCAAGGAGACGUCCAUGGAACUGGCAGGGGAGAAGGAGGAAGCCAAGCAGAGCCCUCAGAGCGUGGCCUCCUUGAUAGGAAGUGAAUUUCUAAGCCCCAACUACGAGCAGGGAGCCCAGCACAGCCAGCCCUUCUCAGAGCUGAGCGACAAUGAACAGAAGUCCAGCAACCUCUCUCAGUACUUGAAGAGUUCAAGUUCACACAGCGAGGUCUUCCUGCCAGGAUCCAGGGGCCCUCGGAGAAGGAAGGUCAAGCAAUACUUUGUGGAAAAGAACAAGCUGACUUUGGGACUGCCCUCCCCUAAAAUGGAUUCUUAUCUGCAACUCCACAACAAGAAGAGAGGGGAGACACGCCUAGAACAGAUUUCCUCCCCUGUCAGAGCGACUGACAAGAUGCCCAUCGUGAAUGCCAGAGAGACUGAGGAUGCUGCCACCCUCCCAGAAGACAAGUGGCAUCAAAGAGCCCAACAGCUAAAGAACUAUCAGGAGCAGUGGUCUCAGCCUGAAAGCACAAAACCAAACCAUGGCCUGAGAGGUGCAUCCUCCGAAACCACCGAUGGCCAGCAACCUUCCAGAAGGCCAGCCAGGCACAAGGUCCGGCGACACCACAGACGCCAGAAUAACCCCAAGCCUUUAGCGCCAGAAGACCAGAGCAUCUCUCAGGGAAACCAGAACAGCAUGUCGAGACAGCAGCAGCACCAGAUUGAGCCAGUUGAUUCUUCAACAAGGCAUGAAGCUGUGUUGUUCAUCAGUGUCCCAGACAAUGAGCUGCAGCACUGGGGCACACUUAGGGGCUCAGGACCCAAAGUCCACACCAGCAGACUGGCCCCACCCAAACAGGGCUUUGACCAGGUAGCCCCUAAAAAUUCUGCCGGCUACCACUCCAUGAUGAAUGCAAACAAGGAAAGAGCACACAAAGGCCAAGAGGCAAAGAGGUUUGCACACCAGCAGCUGCACACCAAUGCCCUCUCUAAUAUGGACUUAAAUCACCUUAAUGAACUUUCUAAGAGACAGGAGCCCCAGAGCCAGAAGGACCCCCAGGCUGUUUCUAGCAGAAAUAUGAAUGGGUCAACUGAAAAUAAGCAGCGCCCUAAGCAGACUUACGCAGAGACAAAAUAUAAGAAUUUAGAGAUACUAUGGAAAUUCCACUCCUCGGCCGAUGGCCGGUCCCCCCGUAUAUCCCCGGACUCCCGGCUGGCUGAGCUCAUGGAGCAGCACCAACAAGCGCUGGUGCAGCUGACGGAAGUGCAGCCCAGUGAGGAGGGCUUCCCCAGCCUCGCCUUCCCACCAAUACUGAGGCACGGGGAGAGUGAAACCCAGCUCAGCUCAGAGAGGAGCCAGAGGAACCUCCGGAAAAUCAACCGCAGCAGCUCGGAAGGCCACCUGUCCCAGCUGGAGAAAGGGAAGCAGCAGAGAAGAAGCGGUGCUAAGACUACCAAGCUGAAAGGUUAUCAGAAAAGAGACGUGAAGCUGGGAGGCCUCGGCCCUGAUCUCGGGUCCAUCAGAGACAAAAUGCAGAAAUCCAUACAGCAAAAGGAAUAUGCAAAGCAAGUUAAGGAGUACAACAUGAGGACCCUAUCCAUUCUGUCUAAACCUCAGACAGCAAAAACUGAAAACAAAUCUGCCAUCCCUCGGCAGAAGGCUCUUGAAUAUGCUAAGAAGAUCCCAAAACCCAAACCACCAAACCUGACUGACCAAGCAUCAAAGGAAAAGAAAAACCCAGCCUACAAUGGAAAACAAGAAACUCUACCUGAAAUCUCGCUGCUGGAAAUACUGCAGAGCAGACACGAAAGGGAGAAACAAGCCGUGGCAGCUUUCAAAGUCCUUCACAUUGUGUAGCAGGCAGGGAGGAGUGCAGGAGAACCAGACGUCUGCCAAGUGACCAGGUCAUGGAGCAAAGGAACUGCAACCAGCUCUCUCUGCAGUGAGCGUGAUGACCCAUCACUGCACCCAACUGCAGUCCAUUCUCAUUUUGUACAGAAGCUAAACUCUGAUCCCUAUUAUAUUAUGGUUUCAGUUAUUAGGAAUAAAAUCAUUUUCUAAUGAUUUAUUUUCAAACCCUUUAGAGUUGGGACUAAGUCUGAAGUAGGAAAUAAAGCCUUUUAGUUUCA